AUGGAGGCCGAGUCUCAGGCAGAGAACAUGAAUGAGGAACAAACCUACGAAUGGGAAAGCAUAACAACAGAGCUAAACAUCACAAAACCAGUGAAUGAGAUUCAAAUAUGUGACGUCCUAGGCAAGAGUCUCGACAAACUGGGAAAAUGGGAAGCAUUCUACGAAAUGUAUGCGAAACGGAUGGGUUUCGGCACAAGAAAAGAUGAUGUACGACGUUCUCACGGAGUCAUCGUAAUGCGCAGUGGAGGUUACGAGAGAAUGCCAUGUCAACUUCGAGAUGUCUACAACAGGGUUGCUGGUGCCAAGCGAGAAGAAAAGAUAGAGACGGACUCGGAAGGAGCGUUGGGAUUUCUUGAUUGUCUCGCAGAGAGGGAUCCAAAUUUCUUCGUUGUAUAUCAGGUGGACGAGGAGAAUCGAUUGGCUAACUUAUUUUGGGCAGAUGGAAACUCACGUGUCGACUAUGUGGCUUUUGGGGAUGUACUAGGGUUUGAUACCACCUACAUGACAAAUGAGUACAAUAAGCCUCUCACUGUUCUCAUUGGCGUAAACCACCAUUUCAACACAUGCAUCUUCGGGUUCGCUCUACUCCUCCACGAGAAGCUUCCAUCCUAUCGUUGGCUACUUCAAAAAUUUCUCGAAUGCCAUGGAGAUAAGAAGCCAAAUGUUGUAGUUACUGACCAAGAUGUGGCCAUGAAACAGGCCAUCAUGGAACACAUGCCUGAUGUGACACACCGUCUAUGUGCUUGGCAUCUCAAUACAAAUGCUUCCAAAAAGGUUAAAGAUCCGAUCUUCUUGAAAAUGUUUAAAGAUCUAAUGUACAACUACUACGAGGAGGAGGAUUUCGAAGCAAGAUGGUUAGACGUCGUCGAAACCCAACAACUAACAGAUAAUGAAUGGUGCCAAACAACAUUCGACACAAGAAAACAGUGGGCAGAAACUUAUUUAAGGGGUUCAUUCGUUGCAGGAAUGAGAACCACACAACGUUGCGAAUCGAUCAACUCAGCCCUAAAAAAAUUUUUAGAGAAGAAUUAUUGCUUGCGCGAGUUCGUAACAACCAUAGAUAUGACAGUCUCAAAGCUCAGACACAACGAGACUGCAAAUGACUUCAAAAGCAGAUGCACUCGACCUCACCCACCUAAUCCUACAUGCUUGACCACGUACUACAACCAAUGUGCUGAAUUCUACACAAGAACUAUGUACCACAAGGUUGCUGAGCAGCUUGAUUUAGAGAAUAAUUAUUUUGUCAUAAGUGAGGAGCAAGAAGGAGAGUGGCAGAUAUACACCAUUGGAAAGUUUCAGCAUCCGGAAGUCCGAUACCGAGUUCAUUACUGUGAAGGCCAACGAGCACUACACUGUGUAGCUGCAUGCUAUAUGAAAGUCAGGGGUACCCUUGUAGACAUUUAUGGGCUACAAUGA